AUGGAUUCUGAGUCAGUAACGGGCGUUCCAAUUCCUUCGACGCCAGCCACAUUGUCGCAACAGCAGCAGCAGCCGAUCGCUAGAAAGAAAUCUGCCACUGGCGACGGAAUGUCUACAUUCAUUAGCGUCAUGUGUAAAAAGUUGAGGGUUUUAAAGAUUAUCGCCUACACUAUAAUCGGUUUUUUCGUGUUAAGUGCCUUGACGACGAGCAUACAGUUGGCGAGCAAGGGGAAAAACAAAAUGACCAUGUUGGUGAUGUGCUCGUUCAUCAUGGCCGCCCUGGCUUCUGGAGCUUACGGGAUCUGGAAGGAGAAGUUGAAGUUUAUUUAUUUUUAUUGUUCUUUCAUGGUUUUAGUUACCAUGGCCAUCGCGGUCAUCACGUUGUUCACUGUUAUGGAUUAUAGCAAGUGCAUGCCGCUAGCGGAGGAGGAAUACAAGUACUUCAUUGACGAUUACAACAGGCUCUCAGAUGAUGAUCUGACUAAGCUGCAUGACUUGCACAAAGAGGGAGUUUGUUGCGGUUUCCGAAAUUAUACGGAGUGGAUCAAAACGCAGGGAUUCCCAGAUGGGAACACGCUCCCAUCGUCAUGCUGUCCUCCUGAUCCGAACAACAAGAGGAGAAAAUGUCUUAUAGACGCGGGACAAUUUUUCAAUUUUCCUUGUCUGAGACUUUCAAUACAUAAAAAGAAGCAGUUGAUGAAGAUCGUACUAGCGACUAACAUUCUUCUUCUCUCCUUAUCGCUUGUAGCACUCAGUCUGACGAUUAUAAUAAUCCUGUGCUAUCGUAAAAAACGUGGGAGCAAUCUCACUCAACCAGCCAUGGCCACCCUCCACAAUCCAGCCCCGCCCAGUGGGAUAGCCGAAAGUGCCAGUGAAGAACUUGACGCACCCGUGAAAGGUAAAAAACAGAGAAAAAAGUAA